CAGUCCUCCACGGUCGGGCUGGCGCUGUGCAGGUCCCGGGCUGGUCGCGUCCGGAGCCAGGCGCCGAGCAGGCCGGGAGAGACGGAGGCCACACCCCGCGGCCCAGGCGCUUCCCGCCGGUGAAUCAUCGCCUGCAGCAGCGGCUCCCGCAGUCCGCUGCAGCGCCCCGGGCCCGGCCGCACCCCAUCCGAGUGCAGCGCCCCGCGUCUCCGCGCCCCCUCUCCCUGUGCAGUGAGCCAGUCCGAUUGGCACCAUGGCGGGCAUCGCAAUCAAGCUGGCCAAGGACCGCGAGGCGGCCGAGGGGCUGGGGUCGCACGAGAGAGCCAUCAAGUACCUCAACCAGGACUAUGAGACGCUGCGGAACGAGUGCCUGGAGGCCGGGGCGCUCUUCCAGGAUCCUUCUUUCCCCGCCCUGCCAUCCUCUCUGGGCUUCAAGGAGCUGGGGCCCUACUCCAGCAAAACUCGGGGCAUCGAAUGGAAGCGGCCCACGGAGAUCUGCUCUGACCCCCAGUUCAUUGUUGGAGGAGCCACCCGCACAGACAUCUGCCAAGGAGCCUUAGGGGACUGCUGGCUGCUGGCUGCCAUCGCCUCCCUCACCUUGAAUGAAGAAAUCCUGGCUCGGGUUGUGCCUCUAGACCAGAGCUUCCAGGAAAACUAUGCUGGUAUCUUCCACUUCCAGUUCUGGCAAUACGGUGAAUGGGUGGAGGUGGUGGUGGACGACAGGCUGCCCACCAAGGACGGGGAGCUGCUCUUCGUGCACUCAGCCGAGGGGAGCGAGUUCUGGAGUGCCUUGCUGGAGAAGGCCUAUGCCAAGAUCAAUGGGUGCUAUGAGGCCCUCUCAGGUGGCGCCACCACGGAGGGCUUUGAAGACUUCACAGGGGGCAUUGCUGAGUGGUAUGAGUUGAAGAGACCUCCCCCCGACUUGUUCAGGAUCAUCCAGAAGGCUCUGCAGAAAGGCUCUCUGCUUGGCUGCUCCAUCGAUAUCACCAGUGCUGCGGAUUCGGAGGCCGUUACGUACCAGAAGUUGGUGAAAGGACAUGCGUACUCCGUCACCGGAGCCGAGGAGGUUGAAAGCUCAGGAAGCCUGCAGAAAUUGAUCCGAAUCCGGAAUCCCUGGGGACAAGUGGAGUGGACCGGAAAAUGGAAUGACAACUGCCCCAGCUGGAACACGGUUGACCCAGACGUGAGGGCAAGGCUAACGGAACGGCAGGAGGACGGAGAAUUCUGGAUGUCCUUCAGUGACUUCCUGAGGCACUAUUCUCGCCUGGAGAUCUGCAACCUGACCCCUGACACCCUCACCUGUGACUCCUACAAGAAGUGGAAACUCACCAAGAUGGACGGGAACUGGAGGCGAGGCUCCACGGCAGGGGGCUGCAGGAACUACCCAAAUACCUUCUGGAUGAACCCUCAGUACCUAAUCAAGCUGGAGGAAGAAGAUGAGGACGAUGAGGACGGGGAGAGAGGCUGCACCUUCCUGGUGGGCCUCAUCCAGAAGCACCGGCGGCGGCAGAGGAAGAUGGGCGAGGACAUGCACACCAUUGGCUUCGGCAUCUAUGAGGUUCCAGAGGAGCUAACAGGGCAGACGAACAUCCACCUCGGCAAGAACUUCUUCCUCACAACCAGAGCCCGGGAGCGGUCAGACACCUUCAUCAACCUCCGGGAGGUACUCAACCGCUUCAAGCUGCCCCCGGGGGAGUAUGUCGUGGUUCCCUCCACCUUCGAGCCCCACAAGGAUGGCGAUUUCUGCAUCCGGGUCUUCUCAGAGAAGAAGGCUGACUACCAAGCUGUGGAUGAUGAAAUAGAGGCCAACAUUGAAGAGAUCGAAGCCAACGAGGAGGACAUUGACGAUGGGUUCAGAAGGCUGUUUGCUCAGCUGGCGGGGGAGGAUGCGGAGAUCUCUGCCUUUGAGCUGCAGACCAUCUUGAGAAGAGUUCUAGCCAGGCGCCAAGACAUCAAGUCAGAUGGCUUCAGCAUCGAGACCUGUAAAAUCAUGGUGGACAUGCUAGAUGAAGAUGGGAGCGGCAAGCUGGGGCUAAAGGAGUUCUACAUCCUCUGGACGAAGAUUCAGAAAUACCAAAAAAUUUACCGGGAAAUCGACGUUGACAGGUCCGGAACCAUGAAUUCCUACGAGAUGCGGAAAGCGCUGGAAGAAGCAGGUUUCAAGCUACCCUGUCAACUCCACCAAGUCAUCGUUGCCCGGUUUGCAGACGACGAACUCACCAUCGAUUUUAACAAUUUUGUUCGGUGUUUGGUUCGGCUGGAAACACUAUUCAAGAUAUUCAAGCAGCUGGAUUCUGAGAACACUGGGACAAUAGAACUCAACCUUAUUUCUUGGCUGAGUUUUUCAGUACUCUGAAGUUACAUGCCUGAAGACUUCUAAUGGAAGAAAACAGCCAAUGCCUAAACUCCCAAACACUUUGUCUCUGGACCUCGACCUUAUGGGAACAUUUACUUAAAUGGAUGAUUAACCUGAAGAAUAUAACCGUCUGAGAUAGAUGAAUUGUCACUUACCAGAGUAAAAGUUUUCAUAUAGAUAAACCAAAUGCAAAUGAAUUGCAUAACCCUUGAUAAGCUCGAAGAAAGCUUCAUGUCUGUAAAUAGUAUAUACUUUUUACUUCUACACCUUUUCCUGUUCACAGCAAUAUUAAAUCAGGAAGGAAUGCAGAGAGGCAUUAAACAGCUAGGCAAACAGUAAAUCAGUCUCAGAGGCCACAAGGCCUUGAUGGGAAUAUUUAAAGAAAUUUUUUUAAGUUUUAAAAUGCAGUGGUGGCAUCUGCCACAGCAGCCCAGGGACUGACACUUGCCCUGAGCAAACUGGUAAAUAUAACGAUGCAUCCUGAAGUAAUUUGAUGGAGAUAUCUAAAGAAUCCAGGAGCCAGCAGUGGUGGCACUCCCCUGCAAAUAGGAGUCUGAGAUAGAGGUCAACCAGGGCUACCUAGCAAGACGCUGUCUCAAAAAUGAAAUCAGAAAAAAAAAAAAAAAAACAUGGUUGCAUUAUUUGGUUCUAACAAAAGAUGGUUUUUAUACACUGUCAUGAACAGUAAAGUCCUUCUUAAACUCAAGUCCUUGACCAUAGUUGGCCUUACACAUUUAAGACUUACAAAUAGUGAGUGGUGACAGCAUCCUACCCUGAGCAACUGUAGCAGUGCAUCAGAGCCAGGUGUCCAGUUUGCAAGAAGAUCAUGAUAAAGGACAAGCAACCUGUUGGAUGCCUCAUAUGUUUCUGUACUUCACCUAACCCCAGGGAUUGUGCCUAGAGCUGGGGUGGAGAGCUCAGAAGGUCUUCUUAAAACAAACAGGCUGGCUUCUUGAUUUUGGGGAAACGCUAGCAACAUUGUAAGCAUAUUGCCUUAUCUCCUUACAAAUGUACUGUUAAUAAAGAGUUGCCAAUGCAGUCACACCA